AUGGAUCCAACUCAGCUCGCCAACGCCGUCACCGAGCGGGUGACCCUACCCGUCCUUGGCGGCGUCGAGAACUGGAAGGAACAGCUCAAGUUCAUGCUCCAGGCCCUAGACAAGCAGCCCGGGUGUCUCCGAACGCGAUGGGGUCCCUGGAGCGAAGACCAACAGAAGUUGGAGCUCAUCACCGGUUGGAUCAAUGCCGAAGCUUGCGAGACGUGGAAGAAGUCAAAAGACUACGCCGAGGCCAUGGGCAGAUUGGCGCCUGUGCUAGGCGGAGAACCCUCGAGCUACCUGCUGCAAUUCAAGCCUUACGCACCGCAAGCCGUCAUCAACUCUCCGAUUGUCGAGACCCUAAGCUUCGAAGACUGCCGCGAAUCCGAGGAGACUAUGCGGGGAAUCGUCGAGAGGGCGACGCGGAUGCCGGGCUGCAACGGCGUGGCGAGUGGGUACUCGCUGCAUCCCGCGCCGAGCUCCGCCGGCAGGAUCUUUGUUGCGGCCAUUGGCUGGACGGGACUUGAAGCCAGCCGACGAGCGGACAAGACGGCGUACACGGGCGGUAUGAAAACCGAAAGUCAUCACGUUGACUUUAAUUUUCCUGUCAAAGGGUUUGGAGGAUUAUAG